AGGUGGCGAAGUGGCGUCUCUUUACGGCCGCUCGGCGGAAUGAGCGUUUUCGACCUUUUCCGAGGUUUUUUCGGCUUCCAGAGGACUCCUGACCCCUUUUGGGGGGCUUUCACCCGGGACGAGGAGGACGAGGAAGAUGAUGAGGACGAUCUGGAUUUUCAGGAAAACCACCUUUUCCCCGACGGCUUCAGUUUCGGCUUCACCUUUGAGCCGGGCGGGAUUCACUUCCAUGACCAUUUUGGGUUUCAGGAGCUCUUCCGCGAUUUUAACAACUUCUUCAGUGACAUCGGGACCCAAAGUCUGCCUCCCCCGUCCUUUGAAUUCCCUCGCUUGGAAGCCCGCCCACCACCAGCCAGCCUCCCUGCUGACAAGGAACAGACCCUCCGGGAUUCGAUGCUGAAAUUCCCAGACAGCCGCCAUCCUGGAGCAGACGGGGGUCCCAGUCCUCCAGCUUCAGGGCAAAGGCCCUGGGGCCCUUUCCGAGGGUUUCAAGAGAGCCAGCCGGACGCCCCGGAUUUAAAAGAUUCUCGUAAAGAGGAUGGAGACCUCGAUUCUCAAGUCACUUCCAAAGGUUUGGAAGCCAUUCUUCCUCCAGCCCAGCCCCGGUCCUAUUUCAAAAGCGUCUCGGUCACAAAAGUGAUGGGGCCGGAUGGGACGGUCGAGGAACGCCGGACGGUGCGCGACAGCCAGGGCCACGAGGAGACAGUUGUCACUCGCAGCCUGGGGCCCGACGACGGCGUGCUGCGAGGCCCAGGAGAUCCGGCCCCGUUCAUCUCCAGGCCGGAUGGAGACAUGAGUGACACGAGUUCGAUUCUGAACACCUUUUUUCGCCGCUGGUUCCCCAACCAAUAAUCCCGCUGGCAGAGAAGCAGGUUUUUAACGCAUUUCCAGAGCUCGCUCCUGCCUCCUCCUUCGCUGCUGGGUCUUCUUCUUCUUCGUAGCCUGAAAAUAGGAGAAAUAAAAGAAAUACUAUAUUUAUGC